AUGUUUGUAUCUUCCCAGAAGGCUCUUUCCGUCCUAUUUGGGUGCCUGAACGUUCUAUCAGACAUGGAGGAGAUAGAACCCAGAUUCAAGAGACUGAGGAUCGACCCGGAGGAGCCACUACCCAGAAGGAGGAGAUAUCGGAAAAAGAUGAAGAAAGACCAGAUUGAACCAGCCGAAAAGCUGAUUUCGUGGAAAGACGUGAAGAAGCUAACAAUCCAGGCUUCCCGAAUACUUCGAUGCCUAGGAAAGAACAGGACCCCAGUCUUGAUGGUAGCCACAGUAAUUGCCCUUCUGGGCUGUCAGGUAAAAGGGAAUCAAGUAGAUACUUACUGGACAUAUUUCCCAGAUCCACCCCUGGUACAYCCAGCUGUGUGGACUGGAGAAUCUAUUCCAGUAUUUACUAAUGACUCAUUCAUGAUGGGAGGAUUUACAGAUACUCAUAUUACUCCCAAUCAUGUGRCUAGAUUUAAUUAUUCUGGCUACAGUGCCCAAUUACCUUUGUGUUGGUCACAUGAUAAACAUGCUGGCUGUCUGAAAAUAUCAUUCGAAGAAAAGACAGCGACUGGUAGACCUAGACUGACAAAUAAUUCUAUUUAUGGGGACUUAAAACCUAAUACUAGAUCAGUAAUUAAGAUGGGACUUUCCCAUAAUAAGCCAGUCAUUUCUGCAAAACCUUCACCGAUACCCCACUGUCCAAAUAGUUCUACAAUUGAAAUUGGCACCUUUCCUAAAUGGAUGGAUUGUAUAAAUACCUUUCCUGUACAACAUAAGGUGUCUAAAGWUAGUGGGUAUAUUUUAGACUGGUGUCCAAAAAUUGAUAAGAGACAAUUACGAAGAAAUGCUGCUAUGACACCUGCAGGAUUUGUYAGUAAUAUUUUGACUUAUAGUGAAGGAGGUGUUCAAAAAGAUAUUUGGCGUUUAGUUGCUGCCUCAGAAUAUUUAUGUUUUACAGAUAAACCUUUACCAGAAUUUGUCGGCAAGAACUGUAAAGAGGGAUCUUGCYAUGGCUUACGAGCUUGUGUCCAAUCUUCUUAUGUUUUAAUUAUUGGAAUUCUUGUGGAACUCUUGAAACCUGACCUAUCCCCAGCAGCACUGAAGAACUUCUCUGUAACUUUGUCCAUCCAUGAGUUUGUGGCCAGUGUGUCUGCAACCUUAAACUGUGAGAAUGAGGAGAAAGUCCCUUUGGAAGCCUCCUUUAUGUACCCAAUGGAUGAAGACUUUGAUGUCUUUAGCUUUGAGGACUUGGUGGAUGGGAAGAAAAUUGUGGCAGAAUUACAGGACAAGAUGGAGGCCCAACACAACUAUGAGGGUGCCAUAUCCCAGGGUCAGGAGGCCUAUUCAUUGAAGGAGGACUCAUACUCCAGAGGUUGCAAUGUGGGGAACCUCCWGCCUGGGUCAAAGGUGGAGCUCACCCUGAGGUAUGUUCAGGAGCUGCCCUUGGACGCUGAUGGGGCCCUGCGCUAUGUGCUCCCAGCCAUCCUAAAUCCUAGAUACCAUCUCCCUGAACAUCUUAUAGAUAGUUGCCUUGAUAUGAAAACUCCUCUAGUCGCCUUGGAGGAACUGCCCUACACACUCAGCAUGGUUGCCACCAUCAGCUCCCAGCAUGGCAUCCAGAGGGUCCACUCCAAUUGCCCCUUGAACGCUGUUGCGUUCCUUGCAGAUGAUAAGACUUCUGCUCAGGUUUCCUUGGCUGAAGGACACAAGUUUAACAGGGACAUGGAACUCCUGGUUUACUACAGGGAGGUGCACAGCCCCCAAGUAUCUGAGGAGAUGGGGAUGCCUGAGAAGAAGCCAGGAGAUCUUUCUGUCAUUGUGAGUUUCUAUCCAGACAUCCCUGAAGAUGAGGCAUCUGUGACCUGUGCAAAAUUUGUCUUCCUUAUGGACUGCUCAGGAAGUAUGUGGUGCCCCAUGAAUAACCAGAACCAGUCUCAGUCACACAUAGAGGCAGCCCAGGAAACACUGAUUCUGCUGCUGAAGAGUUUGCCUAUAGGCUGCUAUUUCAACAACUAUCAAUUUGGAUCUUCCUAUGAGAAAUUCUUUUCAUAAAGUGUGAAGUAUACUCAGAAAAGAAUGGAAGAGGUGGUGAAGAGAAUUAAGCUCAUGAGCAAGGACCUAGGGGGCACUGAAAUCUUGGCACCACUUCAGAACAUUUACAGGAAGCCCUCCAUCCCUGGUCACCCCCUACAGCUUUUUGUCUUCACAAAUGGAGAAGUUGCUGAAACACUUAGUGUAAUUUAAAAAGUUCAGUUUAACCACGAGAAACACAGAUGUUUCUCAUUUGGCAUUGGAGAAGGAAUUUCCACCAGCUUAAUAAAAAGCAUUGCCCAGGUGACAGGGAGCACUUCAGAGUUCAUCACAGGUAAGGACAGGAUGCAGUUCAAGCUGAGGGAAAAGCCCUGUGCUCUUAGGUCCCUGAAGUACUCUCUACAGCCUGCUAUAUGCAGUAUCUCUCUGAGCUGGAAUUUGCCUCCUGGUGUGCCUGCUACCAUGCUUUCCAUGGAACCAACUGCCAUGUUUAAAGAUCAGAGGUUAAUCAUAAAUGCCCUGCUCAUUGGGAAAAUGCAAGCAGUUGAGUCUACAGGAGAAGCAUGCCUCAAGUACAUGCUCCAGAACAAGAGUUUUAAGCAUAAGCUGACAUUUUCUCUACAACCCAAGUCAGAUGCCAAAUUCACCAUUCACCAACUUGGUAAAACGUCCUACCAGAGAAAAGACUUGGGUUUCAGUGAGACCCUAGUUAAAGAUAAAGAAGACGUGUUGAAGAUCAGCAUUGAAUCUAGAGACAUCAGCUCCUUUACAACAUUCAUUGCUAUAAACAAGGAGCUUAAGCAGUCAGUUCAGGGUCCCCUGGCUUAUAGACAGAUUCCAAGGCCAAUUUUGUUCAAGGAUGCAGAUUUGGCGUUUCAGACUCCUUCUCAGGGGUAG